AUGUCCAUCGACAUCGAGGUGCGGCAGUGGGACGGCGUCUUCCAGGGCGGCUGGUUCUGCGCCACUGCGGUAAGGCGCGACGAGCGCAACAAAAAGGUGCUCUUGCGCUAUCACACCGAGGCAGACGGAGCACCGAUCCAAGCGUGGGCGCCGUCACAGUGUGUUCGGCAGAUGCCGCCUUCAGCCUCGCACGGGUGGGCGGCGUCGAUCCAGGAUGGCGCGCCCGUCCACGUUGCUCGCGGCGGCGGCUUCUGGCUCGCGCGCAUAGAAGGGCGGCGGAGGUCGGAGGGUUCUGCGGAGGCGUCGAGCUCGAGUGCCGGUGCUGCCACCGGCUGGAUCUUCACCGUGCGCGAGUCGAGCGGCACCGUGCAUGUGGUUGGCGAAGACGAGCUGCGGCCCGCCUGGCUGCUCAACCCCGACGGCGAGGCGCCCAUCGCGACCUGGAGGGAAGCGCGCACCUUGGAUGAGGCGCUCGCCGACGACUCUCGCUUUGUACCAACCUCGCCGCCUCUGGUGAUGGACCGCGAGCCAGACGCUCUCGGCGCAGGAGCGCCCGAGGCAGAGACGAAUGUCUCGGGGGCGGAGGCGGCAAUGCCAGCCCCGGCGCCCUCAGCGGAACCGGAACCCGCGGCGGCGGCAGCGCUGGCGGCGGCGGCGGCGGCGCUGCCGCCUUCUUCACCCUCGAGCUGCGCCGCGCCCUCUCCCGACUGGGUGCAGCUGGGGAGCGAGGUCGAGUUCUCGGACGCGUCCGGCGCGUGGUGCUCCGGCGAGCUCCUCUCUCUCCUCGACGCGGAGGGCGCCGCGGCGUCGGCAGGCGGGGCGGCGGUGACGGCGGUGGUCAAGAGCCGGCUGGCUGUCAGCGCGGGGCCGUACUCGGCGGGCAAGCUGCUGCUGCUGCGCACGCGGGUGCCUGUGGCCGACCUCCGGCCACGGCCGCCGCCGCCGCCGCCCUCCUUCCUCUCCCCCGCGACGGUUGGCAGCCGGCUCCAGCUCCGCUUCGAGGGCGCGUGGUGGGAGGUGGAGCUGCGGGGAGUGCUUCCGGCCGCCGGCACCGCCGAGGCGCCGGGCGGCGAGGGCGAGGGCGUGGAGGGGGAGGGCGGCGCAGCUGGCGAGAGUGCAGCAACUGGCGAGGGCGGCGCAGCAGCUGGCGAGGGCGGCGCAGCAGCUGGCGAGGGCGGCGCAGCAGCUGGCGAGGGCGGUGCGCAGGAGAGGAGCCCCGCCGCGCGCGAGAGCCGCUACUGCGUCGCGAGCGAGCGGCACCCGGAGGUGGGUGGCGAGGUGCGCGCCCCCAUGCUGCGGCCGGCGUGGGUCUGGGAGGCUGGCCAGUGGCGCGCCGAGGGGAGCCUGGCGGACGGCGAUGGCGCCGGCUGCCGCGAGGUGGGCGGCGAUGGGGAGAAGAAGGAGGAGGAGGAGAGCAGGGUGAGGGCGGGCUCGCACGAGGGCUCGAGCGCGCCGCCCGCACUGCGAGGCGCCGCGCCGCGAGAGGUGUCCGGCCUGCGCGUGCGGGUGUGGGACGCCUCGUCCGGUGGCGGAGCGCGGCGAGUGAUGCUCGGCACGGCGGUCGGGUACGCGCCUGGGAUGGGCCUCUGCGUCAGCCUCGACCCUGUGCCGCUGGGCCCUGUGGCGCGCGAUGCCGCCAAACCAAAGUCGAGGGGCGGCGACUUCUCGCCAAAGCCUGCCCUGGGGCAGUGCGAGCGCAACCCGCUCUGCGUGCGCGGCUUUCGGCACGGCGGUCGCGGCGGGAAAUGCUCCUCCGCCCUUCCGGACGCGCGCCUGCGUCGCACCAGCCGGCCACGCCCGAGCCACGACUCUCCUCCUCCGGCCCUCACUCCCGCGAGCUCGGCAGAGUCCGCCGCGCCUGCUCGCCGCGGCCCUUGCGUGUGGGUUGGCUCCGGGGCGUCGUGGGAGUGGGUCCCUCUCGACGAGGCGCCGAGGAGCGCCGGCGACGAGGCGGAGGCUGCCGCGCGCGGGCUGGCGGCUGCGCGCGCGACCGCCCUGCUGAGCGCGUUCGCUCCGGCGAGCUCUUCCGGCGUCGAGAAGCCCGGCGCGAAGAAGCGGGCGGCGGAGGCGGCGACGCGCGAGAGCCUAGAGGUGGGGCGGCGCGUCGAGCUGUGGGGGCGCGAGGAGGGCUUCUUCGGCUCGUGGUACGAGGCCGAGGUUGUGCGUGUGCGCGGCUCGCAGGUCCAGGUCGCCAUCCUCGAGCUGUACGACGACGAGGGCCCGACGGACCCGGAGAGCGACGAGCCGCCGCCGCCGCACCGCCGCCUGCGCGAGUGGUGGCCCGUCAGCCGCGUGCGACCAAUGCCUCCGCCCGCCCCCUCGCUCGCGGGGCUGCGGAAGGGGGACCGCGUCGACCUGCGGCACGAGGGCGGCUGGUGGGAGGUUGGCGUCACGGCGCUCCUGCCUCGCGGCGGCGUGCGCGUGACGUACGAGUUGGGCGCCGCCUCGCACUCUCUCUCCGCGGAGGGCAUCGAGAGCGGCUCGCUGCGGCCGUGCUGGUUCUGGCGCCCCGACGGCUCCUGGAUGACGUGGCACCAGCACGCGGCGGCCGCUGCAAAGCGACAAAAGGCGGGCGGCAGCGUCGGCAAGGCGGGCGGCAAGGGCAGCAGCGCCAAGGCUCCACCCUCGCCGAAGCCGCCAGCCCACUGCGCCGGACGACCAGCCUGGCGGCUUCCCGAGGCUAACGGCGCCGGCCCCUCCGGACGAGCUGCCGCCGGCGAGCUGCGGCCCGCCGCCACGGCAGCCGGCACCUCCAAGUCGGCGCAGCCGGCAUCGCCGAGGGAGCCCGUCGCGGCAGACGGCGGACCGCUGUCGCCCAGCACGCCGCACGGAGGCAGCGGGCCCAAGGGCGACAGCCGCCGCAGCCCACUUGGCCGCCCGCCGCAGGGUUUGGCGCUGCAGCGGCACCAGGCGCUCUACGGCGGGUCUGCGGCGGUGGUGCCGUGCGAGCUUCCGAGCCCGGACCCCGCGCAGCCGUCCCUCUUCUUUCCGUGCCGCGAGGCAGCUCUCCAGUUCGCCGCCGAGUGGGCGGAACAGAUCGCCCCGCUGUCGGUCGCCGAGGGAGCGCGCCAGCUGCUGUGGCACUUCCCGGCCGGCGCUUCUGUCAAGGUGCGCUGCACCCGCGAGGGCAACGAGUUGGGCUUGCCGCUCGGCGACGUGCGUGCCCGAGUCAUCUCGCUCGACGAGGCGCGCGGCGGGCUGCUCCUCUGCCCCGACUCGCCCUACGGCUCGCUAUUCUCCGUGCACCGGCUGUCGAACUUGCUGAACCGAAGCGGCAAGUGGAAGGCGGCCUUCAAGCUGCUCCGCGAGCCGCACUCCACGCCGAACGCGCCGCUGCAGGCGGCGGACGGCAGGCCAAUCCCGCUGCAGCCGACUUGGGAGUGGUGCGAUGAGCAUGGGCUACCGGCGCCGCACGCCAGCCGGCGCAUUUGGGUGGCGGACGCCGCUUGCCCCGGCGCACGGCAGCAGGUGCUGCAGCAGCAGCUCAAGGAGCAGCAGCAGAAGCUCAAGGAGCAGCAGCAGGCGCAGGCGCUGGAGCUGCUGCAGCAGGCGCAGGCGCAGCCGUCGCUGCCGUCGCCAGCGUCACCAAAGAAGCAGUGGGCAGCAGGGGGGCUCGGCCCUUGCAUCCUGACGGAGGGCUGCAUCCGCGGGUUCAAGCACGGCGGGAAGGGCGGGAAGUGCAAGGUGCCUGGUAUCGGCUCACCCACCGCCGCUCCCGCCGCCGCCAAGGUUUGCGCCCCACCGGCGCGCGCGUGGUGGGCGGGGACUUGUGGCGGCCUGUCGGCGGGCACCGGCUGGCAGCGGGUCAUCUACGACGACGGCUUCGAGCGCUUCCACAACGUGCCAAAGCUGCUCGCCCAGGGGCUGGCCUCGUGGGUGGAGCCGAGCGACGCUCGUGAGCCGAGCGGCGCCCAGCCAGACAUCGGCGCUCGGCAGGCGGUUGUGGGGCCCGCCGGCUGCUCUGCAGGCGAGGAGCCCGCCUCGGCAAAGGGGGAGGCCGGUGGCGACGAGGAGGAUGAGCAGGACGGCGCAGGCGACAGCAAGGUGAAGCGCGAUCUGCUUGUAGUCUGCGCCGUCGACCACUGA